GCCGUGAAUGCGCGCAAACGUACCAACAAAUCGAUAUCAGGCGCGUCAGCAUAAUUCACUCACUCAGCUGUACGUGUGUUGCUGUCUAGAUCUAUGCUUGUGCACUUGUUGACGGUCAGCUCAUCCAUGGCCAUCUCACUGGUCGAUCAUGAGACACGAAGAAGCACCACCAAAAGUCCGUACGUGCAGGCAAGUCACAACUCACGUACACACAUGUACGUACACAAUGUGUAGAUCGAUCGACGCAUGAUGGAUAUGUAGAAUGAUGCAUCAUGUACGUGCGUACAUGUGUACGUGUCAUCGAUCAGGUCCUGAAUGGGUUGGGACACGCGUCUUUCUUCUUGUCGACCAGCCUCUUGUCCUGGUCUUUGCCCUCAAAAUAAUCCCAGUUCCCUUUGUGACGCACGUGCCACUCACGCAUCUUGUCCAGAUAGAUCCCAAGCCCUCGCAGCUGACACACACACACACACACACACGCACACACACAGAAACAUCCAACAUGCAUGGAUCUCGUAUUUCCCCUCUACCCGCUUCUGUCUGUCCGACCUUAGCAGCGAUUUCGAUUUCUUCCGAGUCGACGAGGUCGAUUGCGUCAGGGACGAAGUCAGGGUCGUCCUCAUCUCCUGCCGCCGCCAUCUGCUGUGCCCUGUAGUGCAACUGGCCCUGCUCGAGUGCUGUGAUGUCACGGCUCACACAAUACUCCACCAUGUCGUCCUUGUCGUAUUGCUGGUCGAUCGAUCAAUCAACCACCCAUCAGUGCACAUACACCCAUAUGGCUGCAACGUCUGUCAAUGUAUGUGUGUAGGCUGGACGGAUGUGUACCUUGAAGUAGAGUGCGCCUGUCCCGGCAGCCUCGAGCGAUGCAUACCGAUAAAGGGUGAAGAACAUGGGCGUCAGGACCAACAACUGCACGCAACCAACACAUCAACCGACCAACCACACACAGAGCGACGUCAUACGUGGAAUGGCUCACCCGUGCAGGUAUGACAGUGUGGGCCCCUUCGGGCACUCUCCACGCGAGGAAUGGCAGCAGGGCGCAGUUCAUGGCGAGCCACCCGAACAUUCCCUUGGUGUAGGUCGCACGCACCAGCGGACACACACGGUACAGAUACGCCUGCACCAGCCGCUGCGGCGUGUCGCUGCCGUGGUACACUCGCACAAACGGACGAUGCUGCAGCGAAAGAAAACACGCAGACAGACAACUCAUCCGUUCGUCCAUCCAUCCAUCCGUCCAUUGCACCGCCCUCCCUCCCUCGUGUUACGCUUGGGUCUGCAGCCGUGUACUGUGAUUUUGCGCAUGCGAGGUUCCUGAAUGUCAGCUCGUGCGGGCUGGUCGUGGACAAGGCGGGAUCGACGAGGUAGCGCUUCAGGUAGUCCUUAAAGACGUCACGGUCCUCUCUCGGGUAGAAGUACUCGUUGUAUCUCCUCUCGCCCUCCUGCAGAAGCCGCCGCACCGAGCUGUCCUCCUCGAUGAUGUUGUUGCGCACGGAAAAGAGCACCGGCACCUUGGCGAACUCGGGCAGACGGAUGAAGUACAGAUCUGCAGACAACGGCAUACAACAAAGUGAAUCAAUCAAAUGGAUAAAUGAAUCAAUGAAUGCAUCGCCUCUUCGCGCGUGUGUUUGCUCACUGCAUAGUGCCAUUUCAC